UUUGUUCUGAAUUCUUCUUCUCUGCUUCCUCCUUCCUUCCUUUGUUUCUUCUUUCAUCUGAGUUUGUUUUUCUCUUCAGUUUUCUUUCUUUCUUGAAGCUCUUUGUCUGAAGAAGCUUCAACAAUGGCUGACAUUACUCAUCUACCUAUGGAACAACUUCAAGACCUUGAGUACUGCAUAGACUCCAAUCCUCCAUGGGCUGAAACCAUCCUAUUAGCAUUUCAAAAUUACAUAUUGAUGCUGGGUACAAGUGUGAUGAUCCCUUCAAUGCUUGUUCCAGUUAUGGGAGGAAGUUCCGGUGACAAGGCACAAGUAAUACAGACACUGCUUUUUGUAGCCGGCAUUAACACACUUCUCCAAGCACUUUUUGGAACAAGACUUCCUGCUGUAGUUGGAGGUUCAUUUGCAUAUGUAAUUCCAACUGUUUAUAUUAUUAGUGACUCCUCAUUGCAACGAAUUAAUGAUCCUCACGAAAGAUUUUUACAAACAAUGCGAGCUAUACAAGGAGCUCUAAUCGUAGCCUCAAGCAUUCAGAUAGUCCUGGGUUACAGCCAAGUAUGGGGACUUUUCUCAAGAUUUUUCAGUCCUCUUGGCAUGGCACCUGUAGUUGGAUUGGUUGGAUUAGGGUUAAUUCAGCGAGGAUUUCCUGCGUUGGGGAAUUGUGUAGAAAUUGGCAUACCAAUGCUUUUGUUGGUUGUUGGGUUGUCACAAUAUCUAAAGCAUGUGAGACCGUUUAGAGACAUUCCUAUCUUUGAGCGUUUUCCAGUUUUAAUUUGUGUCACAAUUGUUUGGAUAUACUCUGUCAUCUUGACUGGCAGCGGAGCUUAUCGGCACAAACCCACCAUAACACAGAAUAGUUGUCGCACUGACAGAGCUAAUCUAAUAUCUACUGCCCCAUGGUUCAUGUUCCCAUACCCUCUCCAAUGGGGUCCACCUACAUUUUCUGCUGGCCAUUCAUUUGCAAUGAUGUCUGCAGUUAUUGUAUCAAUGGUGGAGUCAACUGGUGCAUAUAAGGCAGCAUCUCGUUUGGCAAUUGCCACUCCACCUCCUGCAUAUGUGUUGAGUCGUGGCAUCGGUUGGCAGGGGAUUGGUAUUUUGCUUGAUGGUCUCUAUGGAACGGGGACAGGUUCCACCGUUUCUGUGGAAAAUGUGGGACUCCUUGGCCUAACCCGAGUUGGAAGUCGAAGAGUUGUUCAAAUUUCUGCUGGUUUUAUGAUAUUCUUCUCUACCUUAGGAAAGUUUGGAGCUGUGUUUGCAUCCAUACCCUUCCCAAUAUUUGCUGCAUUAUACUGUGUUCUCUUUGGCCUUGUUGCUGCAGUUGGCAUAUCAUUUCUUCAAUUCACAAACAUGAACUCUAUGAGGAACCUUAUUAUCACCGGGCUCACAUUGUUCCUCGGAAUAUCUGUUCCUCAAUUUUUCAAUCAAUACUGGACCAGUUCAUACCAUGGUCCUGUUCAUACGAAUGCUGGAUGGUUCAAUGCUUUCUUAAACACCAUAUUCUCAUCACCGGCAACAGUUGGUUUGAUUGUGGCAGUGUUCCUUGACAACACUCUGGAGGUUGAAAGGUCGAAAAAGGACCGAGGGAUGCCAUGGUGGGUGAAGUUUAGAACAUUUAGAGGAGAUAACAGAAAUGAAGAGUUCUAUACUUUGCCUUUCAAUCUCAACAGGUUCUUCCCACCUACAUGA